AUGGGUAAUUGCAGCAAUUGUGUUCAUCAGCCCCAUCCAGCACCUCAAGAUCAAACAAGUUUAAAUUCCGCGUCUUCAUCAUAUAAUACUUCUUCUAGUACAUUUCAUCGCAAUAUAUUUUCAUCUCGUUUUUCACAUAUACGUACAUUUCCAUCGUAUAAUUUAAAUUCUCUUAUCGAUGAAACACUCUUAGUUAUUCGAACAGUUGUUGAUACAGAUCAAGAUCCUCCACAUGCAAUGUUAGUUUUAUCACGUAUUGCUAAUCGUGAAGAUCGUUGGUUGGAAGUUAUAAUUGCAUUAAUUGAACGUGUACCAAUGAAUGAUCCAUUAGGUGCAACCGUUAUUGCUUUAUUACUUGAUGAAUGUUUAUUACCACCAAAAGAAUUAUUACAACAAUUAAUAAAACGUAUAUGUUUAAAUAAUCAAUCGAGAAUAAAAAUUCUUGAAGCAAUUAUUGAUGAACAUAUCAAACAAAGCAGUAAACAAUCCGAUCAUCGUGCAAUUGAAACACCUACAGAUCAAAUAAUACAUAAUAAUAAUAAUAAUAAUAAUGAACAAUCUACCAAUAUUACUGAAACAACACCAGCUAUAAGUAAUCAAACAUUGGAAACAGUUGAUGGACAACAAACACAUGAAAAGAUAAACAAAAUAUCGUCAUUGACUAGUCUUCGUGCAUUAAAACGUCCUACAUCUCCUAUUAAAUCAAUCAAUACAUCUGAUAUAUCAAUUCAAAAAAAAUUUGAUGAUAAUUUACAUCGUGAACGUAAUACAUUAGUUGUACUUGGUUGUCUUGCUGAAAAACUCGUCGGUCCAACAAGUGCAUCAAUUUUGGAUACAAUUGCACUUGAAUAUUUAAUUGAUCGCAUUCAUCUUGGUAUAUAUAGUUAUAAUCAAUUGAAAUCUAUUGAUUUCGAUGAAAAAAAUACGACAUCAAAAUAUUCAUCUGUAUUAAAAAUAAUUUUAUUUGCAUUAAUAGCACUUGAAAAAUUUUCUCAUACAUCAGAAUCAAAACAUGUCUUAUUACAAUCAUUAACAAUUAAUAAUGAACAAAUAAAAAUGAAUAUAUUAGAAUAUUAUGAACCAUGGGCUUCAUCAAAUAAUUGUCUUAAACGACAAAUUGGUUUUUAUGCUCAAUGGUUACUUGAUAAUGUAUUUAUUCUUGAUUAUCGUCGUCCAUCAUAUGAAUCGAUUGAUCAUCAUCAUAUAAAUGUUAUGCUUAAUGAUAAAGAUGUUAGUGAAUAUUUAAAAAUAGCUCCCGAUGGUCUUGAAGCUCGUAGUGAUACCGUAUCAUUCGAAAGUGUUCGAUGUACAUUUCAAGUUAAUUCAGGUGUUUGGUAUUAUGAAGUACUUAUUGUUACUGAUGGUGUGAUGCAAAUUGGUUGGGCAGCUAAACAAUCAAAAUUUAUGAAUCAUGAAGGUUAUGGUAUUGGUGAUGAUCAAUAUUCUAUUGCCUAUGAUGGUUGUCGAAAUUUAAUAUGGUUUGGAGCAAAAUCUAUAUCACAUACAAAUCCUUCUUGGAAACCUGGAGAUAUUGUUGGUUGCUUGAUUGAUUUCGAUCGUCGUGAAGUCAUAUUUUCUUUAAAUGGUCGUUCACUUGAUCCAUUUCGUAAAUUAUUUUCUUCAACAACAAAUUCUUCAAAUACUGGAUAUUUUGCUGCUGCAAGUUUUAUGUCUUAUCAACAUUGUCGGUUUAAUUUCGGUUCAACACCAUUUCGUUAUCCACCGACAACAGUUAAAUCAUUUAAAACAUUCAAUGAAUAUGGUCAACUAUCCGAUAAUGAUAAACUUAUAUUACCAAAAUAUAAAAAAUUAGAAUUAUUACGUUUAAUCAAAAUAGAUGAACAAGAUUGUAUAUUAUGUGCAGAUUUACAUGCUAAUAUAUUACUUAAACCUUGUCAACAUACAGGAUUUUGCGAACAAUGUGCAAAUAAAUUAGAAAUAUGUCCGAUAUGUCGAUCAGAAAUUCGCGAACGAUCAAUAAUAACAGAUUAA